AUGCCCGAGAUCACCGCCGAGCACACGCCCCGCGUGUCCGCCACAUUGCCCCAGGAAGUCGUCCAGUGCCUGGAAAAUGCGCGCUAUCUGCACCUUGCCACGAGCUCUUCCGACGCCAUGCCGCACAUCUCCCUCAUGAACUACACCUACCUGCCUUCUUCUCCGUACUCGCCCCACCCGCAAAUUAUCAUGACCACCCCGCCCGGCACCCAGAAGACGACCAACCUGUGCCAGAACCCGCGCGUCUCUCUGCUGGUCCAUGACUGGGUGACAACACGUCCCCCCACUCUCUCUUCUGGCCGGGAGGGGAGUCCGCCGCCUGCCGCCUCUCGUAGCUCGCUGGCCACGCUUCUUCUGGGCAUGAACUCUGCUUCCUUAUCGCGUAUCUCGGUGACCAUAAACGGCAAUGCGUCGUUCGUGCCCCACGACUCAGAUGAGGAGAAGUGGCUCAAGGCGAAACAUCUGGAGAACAAUACUUUCGGUUCAGAGGUGGACGAUGCAACCAACGCACUCAGCACAAGUCCCACCAUCACCGGACGCGGCGAUGGCGGCAGGGGAUAUUGGGUAGAGGGUGAAGAGGCUAGGGUGAUUGCUGUCACCAUCAAGGAUGGUCGCAUCUCAGACUGGAAGGGUGAGAUCACGGAUUGGGUCAUCACUAGUGAGGAUGGAGUCGGAACCGCAGCUGCUCAGCUGCCGAACGGUGUCUAA